UCUCUUUUAGUUUUGUGAUUUGUCAAAUGCUAAAAAGUAAACUAAUGUAAAUUCAUAAAUUGUGAAACUAUUUUCUUUACAACUUCCAGAUAUAUAUACAGUUUUCCUGACGAAUUUUAACUCUGUUUAUCAUACUUAUUUAAAUUCGUUUUAAAAUGGCUCGCUAUUUUAAAGAACAAGACAUAGAUGAGUUCCGUGAAUGUUUCUACUUAUUUGCUCGCUCAGGACAAAUAACGUCACUUGAUGAAUUGACAGUGGUCAUGAGAUCUUUAGGAAUGAGUCCCACAAUACAAGAACUCACUGGCUACUUGAAAGGAAAAGGUGGUAAAAUGUCUUUUGCUGAUUUCUUGGAAGUGAUGCACAUACAUUCCAGAGCUGAAAAUCUACCACAUGAGGUAGUAAACGCAUUCAAAGCAGCAGACAAUGACAAAAAUGGAACAAUACCAGCAAAACAGUUGCGGACUUUGCUACAGAAUUGGGGCGAAGGCUUAUCAGCACGUGAGGUAGACAACAUAUUCCGUGAGGCAAAUGUUUCUAACAAUGGCUCUGUUCGUUAUGAGGACUUUGUGAAGAUCGCGUGCGCUCCUGUACCCGACUACUAUUAAUAAAGCUAUUUAAACACAAAUGGGACCAGUUAGAAGUAGUUUAUAAAUAAAGUAAAUAUUCCAUGUUCCAUCAAAUUUUUUACAGUAUGAAUUUUGAAAAUAUAUAUACAGUAGAUAGUUCAAAUAAAUAUAUAUAAAGCAUAAUCAUAUGUUGAUUGUGGUUAUACGAUACAUGUUAUUACAAAGCGAAAAGUUUUGAAAAAAGUUGCUUACAAAUAUAUUAUUCAAUAUUUUACCUAUAUUAUAACUUCAAAAUCAAAAAUGCAGUAUUCAAGCGGAUUUAACAGACAUGUCAAGAAUUAUUUCUAAGCUAAGUAUUAUUAUUUAUGAUAUUUAAAACGGUGGAGGGUAAAUAAAACAAUUAUAUUUUCAAA